AUGUCUCUACGGGCCUCCAUCCAGGGAGCCUUGGGGGACAUCGAGAUGGCGGACAUUACGGCAAAGCCGCUGCCAUAUGUCUUGGUUACAUUCGUAUUCAUCGUCCUCGUCUACUCACUCAGCAGCAAGCCCAAAUCCAAUGCGCCAUUGUUGAACCCCCGAGAGGCAUUCGAGUUUUCUGAUCAGCGGGCAAAAGGUGUCUUUUACCAGGACUGCCGCGCUCUACUUCGAAACUGGUUCGAUAGCCACCCCAGCGAGCCGGCGCAACUCAUCACCGAUUAUGGCCAUGUGACUGUCCUCCCACCAAGCAUGGCGAAUGAGAUUCGGAAUGAUCUCAAGCUCAGCUUCGCCGACUUCAGCGCUGAUUUCCUGGCCAAAAUCACAAAGCCUCUAGCAGACGAGACGGCACUCGCCAUACCCGCUUCCUUCGGAGAAAGCAAGGAAUGGCACUCACUCCCAUUAAGAGACACCAUCCUGACUUGCAUCGCCCGCAUCUCAUCCCGCGUGUUCCUAGGCGAAGAGCUCUGUCGCAACGAAGCAUGGCUCAAGAUCUCGCGGGAAUACGCCACAACUGUGUUCCCAGCAACCGAUAUCCUGCGCGUCUACCCCGCUGGCAUAGUUAGGUCUAUCGCUGCCCGGGUCCUACCCAUCUGUAGGGCCGCGCAGGCGCAGGUGGCCGAGGCGCGCUCCAUUCUUCAGCCCGUCCUGGACCGGCGUGCGGCCGCGAAGGCAGCUGCCGCGGCAGAUGGCAAGGCGCUCGAGUUCAACGAUGCUAUAGAUUGGUUUGAGAAUGCUGCCACCAAGGCGAAGGCCAAAUACGACCCGGCGGCUAUGCAGCUGUUCCUUUCGAUCGUCGCCAUCCAUACCACAUCUGACUUGAUGUCGCAGAUCAUGACGGACCUGGCUGCGCACCCCGAGAUAAUCGACGACCUGCGCAAGGAAAUCAAAGAUGUCUUGUCUGAUGGUGGCUGGAAGAAGACGACCCUGACCAACAUGAAACUACUCGACAGUGUCAUCAAGGAGAGCCAGCGCCUCAAGCCUAUUCAGCUAGCCACGAUGCAGAGAAAGGCCAGAGCAGAUGUGAAACUGUCAAACGGUACUUUCAUCCCGAAGGGGGGUUUCCUCGCGGUAUCAACGCACCACCACUGGGACGAUGCGACUUACCCAAACGCUAAUGAAUGGGAUGGCUACCGUUUCUACAAAAUGCGGCACAGCGGCGAGCCCGGCAAGGAGAACACUUCGCAGCUGGUUGCGACGACGGCGGAACAUCUCGGCUUUGGCCAUGGUAUUCACGCCUGCCCUGGCAGAUUCUUCGCGGCCAAUGAGGUCAAAAUCGCCCUAGUCUUCACACUCCUCAACUACGACUGGAGGCUUCCCGAGGGCGUGAAGCCCAAGAUCGAUGAGUUCGGCGUCGCCCUGACCACCGAUGCCACGGUGCAGGUCCUGGUCAGAAAGCGCGAGGAUGACUUUGACCUGUCGGCGAUUGAGUGA